AAUCGGAGUUAUCACCGCUCUCAAUGCGUUUGCUCCUUUCAUUGUCACACGAGCUCUCUCGGCCGUGCUCUUAUUUUAGGAGCUCCCUCCGCCGCCGCUCUCGCACUGCUUCUUCUCUCCUCGCCAGAGUUGAAAAUCAAAGAAUACGAUCAAUGAGAGCUCUUAGGUUUGCAAAUCAGUUGUUGCUAUUGCAAAGUACGGAGUUUCUAAAUUCUAAGUGCCUGAUGCGGAGAGCUUCAACAACAGUGUGGCAAAGCAACAGGUUGUACUCGAAACUGUGGCCAGGGUCAAGCCAAAGAAGAACGAGACAAAGGAUGAAAAAUUGAUUUCAGACCUUGUGGUCGCUAUAGUUUUGGCAACUUGUGGUGGCGUUGCAUUUGCUUUUGUGGGACAACCGGCCUGAAUAUUUUUUUUCUAAGCUUAUUAGUAAUAAAUAUAUUUUGACAGGUUAUUACUGGAUAUCUUCUGGCUGGCUCCAUAGUUGGACCUAGUGGCUUUAACUUCAUUAGUGAAAUGGUGCAUGUAUUCUUGCAACAGUAAUCCUUUUGCAGUUUGUAUGUUUUUAAACUCUUUUAUGGUGUAUAUACUUUCCAGUUUAGUUGGAUUUCAAUUUGUAAUUUUGUUAAAAUCUGAGAAAAGAGUCAAUGCUUUUGGCUCCCAAACUUAAUUGCAGAAAAAAUGGUGUGUGAAACUUUUUGAUGUGUAUUCUGGUAGAUAGUGCAUUAUCGUUUAAUUUUGGUAACUUCACUUAUGAAAAUCGUUAGACUUAAUACUGCAUAACACAUUCUUGCAAAAAAUAUUUUUGGUGUGGUUUAGCAUGAUUAGAAGGGGGAGACUAUUUGAUUUGCAUAUUAGAUCUUUUGUUUGGAAUGAGUUGAUAUGGUAAUUUUCAUCAUUUUCCCUGCUUUUGGUUUACAAGUCCUAUCAAAUUUGGUAAGACUUGGUGGAAUUCAUCUGAUUUGAAUUUAAAUUUUAUAGGUUGACCAUAUUACCCUUUCUUAAUAGAUUAUUUAGUAAAAUGGAAUCAGAGGAAAUCCAUUUUGAUAAGUUCAAAAAUUAAGACUUGACUUAAUCCAAUUUUAUAAUGAGUCAUCACAAAAAUAAAUUUUUAACCCAGAUCAUUUAUCAUUUUUAAGCAUUCAAAAUAUAAUGUUGGAUAUCUUCAUUUUUCAUUUUAAAACUACUUUUUCCAACUUAUAUCUGCUGGUAAGUUAUGUCAGAACAGUUACACAAACAAGGCAUCAUUUACGGAGAAGUUUAAUAAACCAUUUUUUCUAAACAACAAAUAAAUGAAAGAAUUUGAUUGAGAUGAAGAGAAUUAGAACAUAAAAUGAAAGGAAUAAUGACUGUAGUGUAGCCCCUUUUGGCCUACAGAUAUACAUCAUUGUGCAAGCAAACAUUUUAUUCUUAAGUUCAAGGUUCCUCAUUCCUCCCUUGACUUUCAUCAUAAAAGGUCCUAAGAACUUUCCACUAAUUUGACAGACUAUUUUGUUCUCUUCACCAUUUUAAACAAAGUAAGAAGUGUCGAUGCCACUUAAAACAACAAAAAACAUACAGUAGUUAAGUUAUAUUGCCACAUGAGCUUAUACUGAUGUUUAGUGCCUCUUGCUGAACUCAAGCUUAUUUAUACAAGCUAUUUAUAUAAGCUUAUAUUGGAAUAUACAAAAGCCUUGCCUAUAAGUGUUGAACUACAGUUUACUCUUCAUUAUAUAGCAUGAACAAUAAUGCUAAUUUGUGUGCAUGUCUAAUAUUCAAUGUAUGCUAAUUGUAAAGCUUGUUUAUUUGUAGAUUCCGAUGGUAGAGCUUAUUCGUAUUAUUUAUUACUUCUUGCUUAAGAUGAAUGAACAGGAUAAAUGAUGUCCAUAUUUCUUUUUCUUGUUAUAUUCGUGGGCAAGGAUGCCAGCAACAGUAUGGGUCUUAGUCUUAGCAGUUAAUGUUAUCAAAGCCUCGAAUUUUCUAUCUUUCACAAUAUGGAACUUUUGUAUGGUGCUCUCAAAAAUUCACUUCUCUCACACACUCGCUCCCUCACUGACACGACUACACAUGCGCCCAAUUGUAUGUUUCACAUUAGUUGCAUGAGUUUAUACUGAUCCUAAUCAAAUAAUUGUUCUGUGCAUGGUAUCAUGCUAUUGUCUGUUGUCAUGUUAGCUAUGUGAAAAAUUCUUGCACAACAUAAAUGUCAUUGUUUGAAAGCAGAAAAACCAGCAAGCUGAAUGUGCUUAAUAAGGCAUCUUGAUGAUAUAUAUUCGGCAUUAACAGUGAUUAUUCCUUUUUGUGUGGUGUUAAUCUUCUGUUUGUGUGUUACACUGCAGACUGGACAAGAAAUCGAUUUUGUUCUAGUUUCAUGUUCGGGAUUAGGAAUUGAACCUUCUAUAUGGUAAGGUUACAAGGUUAGGUCAAUUUUGGUGAUAAAGGAAAGAUUGAAUUAAGGUUAGGUAGUGAGUAAACUGAGUAAGUGACCUGAUGACAAAUGCUCAAUUUUUGUGUCAAAUUUUUUGAAUGAACCUGUAGGUUUUCAACUUUUAUCAAUAUCCAAGAAUUAAAAUAAGGUCAUGACUCAUGACAAAUGCUCUUGAAACAUUUGUCAGCGAAAUAUUGCAGAUUUUCGAAUGUACUUACCAACCGGAAUUUGAACAUCAACAAUGACAUCAACUUCAGUGCUUGACACAUAAGAAAAUGCCUUAUUCACUCCCUACAAAAAAAAUCAAGCAGUAUCUGAAAGGUUUGGUCACUCCAUUCUCUCUAUUUUUUUGUCAAUAUUUGUGGUUUAUAGCUUUUACUUAUGUGUGCUGAAUUAGUCAUUGAUUUAUUCUGAAUGCUACCUGCCCUGGUUUAUUUUUCUUUUUCAAUCCAAAGAAAUUUGAGUCAUAAUUUGAAUUCUAAAUUUGCAUACUUUUUUUCACUAUGCAUGAACUAAACUAGCUGAAAGAAUGUGUUAUGGGAAUAUCUAUGAACUUGGUCACAUUCUUGGUUGGAACAUUGAAUCUUCCAUCAUCUAAAUCUGCUAC